AGGUGCGGGUUUAAAUACUGGCAGAAGCUAAUGGGUGCAGAAGAGAAAGAGAGUGAGCUAACGAGUGGGUGUGGAAAACAGGUGAGACAGGUGAAUGGAAAACUACUAGUGAAUGAUGGAGCAGACUAUGACAAAAUCAAUAUUUAGUCUCCAGCAGAGUUCCAGAGAAGGCCAGGAAGAGGCAUUGAGAGCAUUUUGGUGACUAAACAUACGUUUUUUGGGGCCUAGAAAUCCAUGGAGAUCCAAAUUGCACAUUGCAGUUAAUAUGAUUAUUUAUGAGGAAAUCCAAUAUGUUGGAUGUGUGACUCGGUGAAAGGGCCGCACGUUCUCAAGUUCCGGUUGAAACUAUUUGGGAAGUAUCAACAUGACAUGAGAACAGGAGAUUAAAAAGAUGCCAUCUCCACCUCGAAGCAGAAGUCGACUGAACCGUCACAUCAGAGAGACGCUCUCAUCAGGACUGCAGCAGGACUUUGUUCAGAACCAAAGGAAACAUAAUCGAGGAUAUGGAGGAAAUCACAGGAGAAGCUGACUAUGUGAAUGCACCAGAAGGCCCUGCGGAUAAAAAGGCACCGCGUCCAGACGACACCAAAAAAGGAUCUGCCCCAGAAGGCACCGUGGAUACAAAGGCAUCCCCUCCAGGCUUGAGGUUUGUUCUUCCGAUAGCAGUGUGUUGGAUCAUACUGUUAGCCAUCAUGGGUCUCCGUAUCUACUUUACCUCUGAACUUUCUGAAGACAACGCCAAGCAGACUGCAGAAAUCCUGAACCUGACAUCACGAAUCCAGGAGCUGGAGACACGGAAGAAUCUCACGGUCCAGUAUGACAACCUGACACAAGCCUAUACUGUCUUAGAAAGCAACAACACAAACCUGUCUGCAGAAGUCCAGGAGCUGAGCAAACUAAACCAGCAGCUGGAGACAUGGAAGAACAACUUGAUCCGGCAAAUACAAGACAUGGAGACAACCUGGAAUGAGCUCAACAUCAGUCGAGCUCAGUGGAGCAUCAAUUCCUACUGCUUAGGAAACACCGAUAAAAAGUGUCAACCUUGUCAGAAGGGCUGGGAUCUCACUGAGCCCAGCUGCUAUGCGAGCAGUUACCUUCCUUAUCCUGGUUGGAUAACCUGGGAAGAAGCUCAAGAAGACUGCAGAGGAAAUAAUUCAGAUCUGGCUGUUGCACAUGAUUCAGAGGAAAAGGAAGCAAUCAAUACUAACAGCUUUGGAUUGAAUGGAUACUGGAUUGGUCUGAGAGUUGAAGAUGGGAAAUGGAAGUGGGUGGAUGGAAGUGAUCUGACUAAUAGCUCCUGGAUACCAGCUCCUGUUGACGGUCACUGUGCAUUGCUUUACACGGGCAGAGACAUAUGGUCAUCAGUGAGCUGUGAUAAACCACAACAAUGGAUCUGCCAGCAGAAGGCUUUAUCUCUCUCUGUGUAAACACUGCAGUCAUACAAAGAAGGUCACUGCUAACUCUGAUUGAAGAACAUGAAAUACAUUUACAGGCCUAUAAAUGUAAAACUAUGGAUUAUCGUACUUAAAUACAAAUUCCAAACAUUUAAAGAGAUGUUACCUUGUCAAACGAAAAAGGAAAGAAAUAACAUUAAUUACAUAAACUUUGCAUAAACUCAAUACACACAAUAAUAUAAUGUGGAUUAUUUAAAAAUCAAUGUAACUUUUAGUUUGAAUUUCUAAAGGUCUUGCAAAAUAAAUGCAAUUUUUUUUUUUUAUUUCCUUAACAUAUUUAUGUUGUUAUCAGUCUGGAUGGUUAAACUUGUUUGUGUUAGAGAUGCAAUGCUUAAACUCUGCAGAUUAGUGCAAGGACUCUGCUAUUGUAUUUGAUUGCUUCUACCGGCCAACAGAGGGCGCUGCAUCACUUGUUCUCAAUACAAUGUUCCAGAGUCUGU